AUGGAGUUGGACGAAUGCUUGGAGCUGUUGUACAAGGGGCAACUGCUCCCGGAAGUUACCGUAAGAGCAUUAUGUUUCAAACUCAAAGAGAUGCUCGUCAGGGAGUCUAAUGUUGUGCAUAUCCAGACUCCUGUUACUGUAGUUGGUGAUAUCCAUGGCCAAUUCCAUGACAUGCUUGAGAUAUUCCUUAUUGGUGGUCCAGUUCCUGAUACAAACUAUUUGUUCUUAGGCGACUAUGUGGACCGAGGUCUUUAUAGCGUCGAAACCAUAAUGCUCCUAGUUGUUUUGAAGCUGCGAUAUCCGAAUCGAAUCCAUCUACUUAGGGGAAAUCAUGAAUCCCGCCAAAUUACCCAAAGUUACGGAUUCUACACCGAGUGUUCCAACAAGUAUGGAGAAGGAUCAAAAGUCUGGCAAUAUGUAACAGAUAUAUUCGACUACUUAGUGCUCUGCUGCAUUAUUGACAAUGAGAUUUUCUGCGUGCACGGCGGACUAUCUCCCAAUGUCCAAACUAUAGACCAGAUUAAAAUAAUAGAUAGAUUUAGAGAAAUUCCGCAUGAUGGCGCAAUGGCAGAUUUAGUUUGGUCUGAUCCCGAAGAGAUAGAUACUAGCAGUAUUGGGCACAGAGAGAAUUUUUACCAUGAAUCAUCGCAGCAAUUUCAAAUUUCUCCAAGGGGAGCAGGCUAUACCUUUGGUAGAUGUGUCGUGGAGAAAUUCCUUCAUUUUAAUCAGAUGGACAGAAUUUACCGAGCUCAUCAAUUAUGUAACGAUGGUUAUCAAGUUUACUUUGAUGGGUUAGUUACCACUGUUUGGUCUGCCCCGAAUUAUUGCUAUCGCUGUGGCAACAAAGCAUCGAUACUUGAACUGUACAGCAAAAACGAAUUCUAUUUCAACGUUUUUGAAGAAGCUCCAGAGAACAGAUUGUUGAACGAUAAUUUUAAUUCUUCUAUUACCAAUGGUUCCGCCAUUAACGAGUAUUUCGAUGACGCUAACAACACAGGGUCAACCGAAACUUCAAUAUCAGAUGUCGAUAUUUUCUCUGACGCAUAUCAAGUGAAGUCAGCAUCGUCAAGACGCGUGGAGUAUUUUCUUUAA